UUAAUAUUUAUUAAAAACAAUGAUUAUGGUGUACACAAAGUCACUUAAAAUUUUUUUAAGGUACCUGGGUCUGAAGGAUGAGCUCUCCAUUGCUGCUGCUCUGGACCCGAGGUUUAAGGCCCUACCUUUUCUGUCAGAUGAUGAUGAGCGAGAAGAAGUGUUCACGCAUCUUAUAGCUCUCACUAAAGAAUUGGCCACUGUUAAAAGCUCACAACAGAGUGGGCUGAUGGAUGAAGACCGUGAGGCAAUUGAACAGCAGGGAGAGCCGGUUGAUGACCCUUCUGGACCAUCACCAAAGAAAACAAGGGACUCUUGUGCUCUGGCUGAUCUUUUUGGAAGCGCAUAUACAACUCCAGUAGCAGUGUCCAGAACCACAGAUACCAAGGCAUUGGAUGAGGUGGUGCGUUACAAAGAGGUACAACCACUGCCACUCUCCACAAAUCCACUCAACUGGUGGAGAGAGCACGAGGGGGAAUACCCUUUGUUGUCAUGCCAAGCUAAAAGGUACCUUUGCAUCCCAGGCAGUAGUGUACCUGCUGAAAGGAUCUUUUCCACAGCAGGUGACAUAGUCACAGCCCAGAGAAGUGCAUUGAAGCCUGAGCAUGUGGAUCAGCUGCUUUUUCUGAACAAGAAUCUCCACGUGCCCACUUAGUCUGUAACCAGAAAUGAAGAACUGUACUGUUACAGUACAAUUCUUUAUUUCUGGCUACAGUACUAUAGUUCAGUUCAAGAUAUGUUCAAAAAUUAGAGGUUAAUCACUACAUGUUCAAAAGCUAAGAAUGUUUACAAGCACUAAACUUUUUCAGUGCAAUUCAGUUGAAUACAACCCUAUGAUUUGUGUUUAAAUCUGCACU